UCGCUUGCAGGAUCAAUGGUCAUGGUUGAUGAAAGGACACCGCUUACCUCGGAUCUGUCUGGACCUCCGGCGCUGGCGUCGGGCCCAUCAGGAACCAUCCAUCAUUUGAAGACCCACGAAACCCUCCGCGAGCGCCAAGUGCGCACGUUCCAGUGCUGGAUAUGUUCCGCCAUACUCGGAGCAUUUGCACUGGCGAUCCUGAUCAGCAUAAGUUACAUCAUCUUUGGCGAUCCCCGGCAACCGCCUUUGGAUGCCACCAACACCACGGCGGCGGAUUUUCCAGAGCUGCUAAAUCUCAUUAGCUUCCCGUUGGUCGACGAACCCAUCCCAGACUGGACAGGUCCUGAUGUGAGCGAGGACGCAAAAGCCGCUGCCAUUGCGGAAGGCGAAAAAGCACUCGGCGAUAAGGAGCUGCUCGAGGAAACACUUUCACCCCCACCGGUAAACUCACCUUCUUUCCGGCAUCAGAAGUCUGUCGGUGCGACGAAGGCCGCUAGACUAGCCGCCAAAGUGGGUUUUGUAGAGGAUCGUGCCACUAGAGCACUGGUACGUCGACUCGACAUCCGCAGCCGAGGUACGGUUGGUCGUGGACCUGCCAUCACCUUGCCGCGGAUGCACGACAACACCCACUGUGACUUUAACGCUCGCUUUCGAACGGCCAACGGCACGUGCAAUAACCGUGAGCAUCCGUUGGAGUACGGUGUCGCGAUGGUGCCUUUUCGACGGCAACUCAAUCCGGAUUAUGGUGACGGUAUCUCGACACCACGCUCAGCUCAGGACGGUGGAGACCUUCCGAGUGCUCGUCAGGUGUCGCUUGACAUCCACCGACCAUCUUACCACAAUGAUCCCAACUUCUCGGUCAUGUUGGCUGUCUGGGGGCAGUUCCUGGAUCACGACAUCACCUCGACUGCGCUCAAUCAGGGAGUAGAUGGACGUCCGAUCGAGUGCUGUGAUCCUGGACAACCGCAACACCCCGAGUGCUUUCCGGUGCCACUUGGUCCUGGUGAUCCGUACUAUCAUCAGUACAAUGUGACAUGUAUGAACUUCGUCCGGUCGGUACCGGCUCCAACAGGACAUUUUGGUGCCCGUCAACAGCUGAACCAAGCGACCGCCUUCAUCGACGGAUCGGUCGUGUACGGAUCAGAUGAGCGGCGUAUGCGUGCGUUGCGUACGGGUGUAGAUGGCCGGUUGCGUAUGUUGCGCACUCCAGAUGGUCGCGAUCUGCUUCCGGUUUCAACCGACCCUGAGGAUGGCUGUAACGAACAGGAGAUGAACGAGGCUGGAAAGUACUGCUUCGAGUCGGGUGAUGCACGUGCUAACGAGAAUCUGCACCUCACAUCAAUGCACUUGAUCUGGGCACGACACCAUAACGGUCUAACCGAGGGAUUGUCUCGUGUCAACCCACACUGGGACGAUGAGCGAUUGUUCCAGGAAGCGCGUCGUAUCCUUGCCGCUCAGAUGCAGCAUAUCACGUACGAUGAGUUCGUGCCGGUGAUUGUGGGUAACGAAACUGCCGCCAGGAUGGGUCUGCUACCAGGUGACCGAGAUGACAUGUACAACGCCUCAGUGGAUGCUUCGAUCGCGAACGUAUUCGCUGGUGCCGCGUUCCGAUUCGCGCAUACUCUACUGCCUGGGUUGAUGAAGAAGACACGCAAUCCGGCCGCAUCGACCGAUGGCAUCGAGCUGCACCGGAUGUUGUUCAAUCCGUACUCGUUGUACGCACGGGACGGGCUAGAUGAUGCGUUGGGUGGAGCGAUGAGCACAUCACUCGCCAAGUACGAUCAGUACUUCUCGACCGAGCUGACGGAGAAGCUGUUCGAGAAAGCGGAUGAACACUUGCUGCACAAUCACCCGUGUGGGCUCGAUCUGGUGUCACUCAACAUCCAACGUGGCCGAGAUCACGGACUUCCGGCGUAUCCUCGUUGGCGUCGACAUUGCCAUCUUACGCCAGCUGACACGUGGUCCGAGUUGGAGCGUAUCGUCGAUUCGGGUUCGUUUGAGCAGAUGAAACGCAUGUACCGUGAACCCGCUAACGUGGACGUUUACUCUGGCGCGUUAAGCGAACCGCCUGUUAAGAACGGCAUCGUAGGACCUCUGCUAACCUGCCUGAUAGCGGAUCAGUUCCUGCGGCUGAAACAGGGCGACUCGUUCUGGUACGAACGCCAACGAGGACCACAACGAUUCACCGCAGGUCAACUCGAGCAGAUCUACGGUACGAAGCUGUCCAGCAUUAUCUGCCGCAACUCGGACAACAUCGAUCGGUCACCGGUGUACCUUAUGAGGCGAACCGAUCCACAAACGAAUCCUGAGCGAGACUGCAAACAGCUGGACACGUUCGACUUCGAGCCGUUCCGAGAGGGCGAACAUCAGACACGGGCGGCUAAAGUCUCGACAGACCGGAUGAAGGUGCUGGUGUUGCAGCCAAAGCCAACGGUGACUGUGACGGCCAGUGUUACGGCAACGGACGCGAUGGAUGGUGAACAAACGACGGAGCCUAUCACGGAUCCGACUACUUCCGUUCCGGUGCCGUCAGUUUGAGGGUGCCGGAAUUAAACUGUGUUUUUUGCCAAUAGUUAUAUAAAAUUGCUGUUACAAUUCAUCGGAAAAGCUGUUCAAAUCACAGAGCUGCUUGUCAGAGCGGGAACUAUCGCAUGCUGCAUUCAAUCUGCGAUUAAUCGUACGUGAGCAGUGUCUACCAGACGUUUGAUGCAUAACACA